AUGGAGAAGCGGACGGCCUGGAAGCCGCAGGGUGCGGAUGCGCUGCGGCGCUUCCAAGGACUGCUGCUGGACCGCCGCGGGCGGCUGCACAGCCAAGUGCUGCGCCUGCGCGAAGUGGCCCGGAGACUCGAGCGUUUACGCAGGCGCUCCCUGGCGGCCAACGUGGCGGGCAGCUCUCUGAGCGCCGCUGGCGCCUUAGCAGCCAUCGUGGGGUUGUCACUCAGCCCAGUCACCCUGGGAGCCUCGCUCGUGGCUUCUGCUGUGGGCUUAGGGGUGGCCACCGCCGGAGGGGCAGUCACCAUCACGUCCGACCUCUCUCUGACCUUCUGCAAUUCCCGGGAGGUGCGGAGGGUGCAGGAGAUCGCUGCCACCUGCCAGGACCAGAUGCGCGAGCUUCUGAGCUGCCUCGAGUUCUUCUGUCAGUGGCAGGGGCGCGGGGACCGCCAGCUGCUGCAGAGCGGGAGGGAUGCCUCCAUGGCUCUUUACAACUCUGUCUACUUCAUCGUCUUCUUCGGCUCACGUGGCUUCCUCAUCCCCAGGCGUGCCGAGGGGGCAACCAAAGUCAGCCAGGCCGUGCUGAAGGCCAAGAUUCAGAAACUGUCUGAGAGCCUGGAGUCCUGCACUGGCGCCCUGGAUGAACUUAGUGAGCAGCUGGAGUCCCGGGUCCAGCUCUGCACCAAGGCCGGCCGUAGCCAGGACCUCAGGAUUUCCGCUGAUCUGGAUGCAGCGUUAUUUUUCUAAGAGCAUCCUCUACCUAGAUGGAAUGUUCUAGAUUCCUAGCAUCCACAGGGAAGCGCUACAUGGGUGGAGUGCAAAGGAUGACAGAAACUCUUCUUGCAGGGCAUCAGUCCUUAGCUCCUUGUGUGUGUGUGAAGGACUUUUCACUUGUGUAAUCCCAAUUGAGUGUGUGACCUUUCUUGUCUUUGUAGGGGUUGUAGACCCAGACUGGGCCGCAGAGCUGACUUGCUCUGCUCUUCCCAUCCCAGCCAGUUUAUCCACUCACAGACCAAGCCUGACUAUUGCAUAACUUUUCCAUCGUGGCUUCAAAUUCACACCUCUAGGCACCCUGAGAGGGAAAGCCACCUGAAGAAUCCCAACACACUCACCUCCUUCACUUCUAUAAAGAAGCUGGGGGAAGGACGAGAUGAAGUCCCAGACAAUUUUAAAUGACUGACGUUAUAGCAUAGAGGAGAGAGCAACGACCUUUGACUUUAACAGUCUUGGACUGAUCACAGGCUCUGUCCCCCACCUUCGUGUGACUUAGCCACCUUAUCUUGCUGAGACUUGGCUUGUUCGGUGACACAGAUGGUGAUAAGAGGCCACCCUGUUGUGAUGCCCUGAGACAAGAAUGAAAAGCACAGAGGCUAGCUUACAAAAUGUGGCCUGGCUCCUGACUCUCUGUUGGCAGGAAGGGUUAACUGUUGGGCUCGGUCCCAGAUUUCUGAAAUCAGAAACUGCAAAUAUGAGGCCCACCUCUGGCUGAUUCUGAUGCCUCAUAAACGUUUGGAAAUGACGGCAGCAAAUGUUCAUCUCCAUCCAGGUGUGGUGGGGCAUACCUGUAAAGGCCAGCACUUGGAGAUGGAGGUCAGGGGGACCAGUAGUUCAGGGUCAUUCUUAGCUACUUAAUAAACUCAAGACCACCCAGGAUUAUGAGACCCUCGUCUCAAAAACCAAAAGCAAAAGCAGUUAUCUCCUGACUCCCUUCAGUUGUUCAAAGCCCCUCCAGGGCCUUGGGGCCUUCAGAGUCUCUCACAGGAAGUCCAGGAAAGACUGGCCCAGAAGCCAAAGAAAGACUAUGCUGUGUGCUUGUAAACUUAGUUUGUUACGCUGUCCCUAUGAACUAGGAGACAGAACACUACAGUCCCUUUAGAGGGCAGUGUUGCCCAUUCCUUGUAGAGACUGGUAGAGAAGUAAUGUGAACUUACCAGCAAAAACAAACCUUUAUUAUCUGAAAACUCCGACAACAUAUCUUUAUUUAUUUAAAAUUA